CCACUUAGAUAAAGAUUAUAUAGUCUGUGGUAUCGAUGAGAGUAUUCAUUAUAAGUAAUUUCUCCAUCAUGUACAAUUUCUGUUAUUUUCGUAAAAUCCUAAUCUAACUAAAACAUUUUUUUUUUGCGAGUUAUAUUUUGACUAUUACUUUAAAACUCUUUAGUUGCCUUCUUUUUAAUAGUUAGUUAAAUAUAAAUAAAUAAAAUUAAUUAUCUUACAAUGUCUGAUGCGGUAGUUGUGAAAGCAAAUACUGAAAGAAAAGUUUUUCGUCCGUCUGCUAAAGUACUAAACAAAAUACCCGAUGAAAUUAUAAAUAAUCCUGAGUUAAUUGCAGCAAUUCAGUCACUGCCUUCUAAUUAUAACUUUGAAUUACCUAAAACUAUAUGGCGUUUGCGACAAAUGCAAGCCAAACGUGUGGCACUUCAGAUGCCCGAAGGUUUAACUAUGUUUGCUGUUCAACUAUGCGAUAUUAUUGAACAUUUUACUGAUGCAGACACAGUAGUUAUGGGUGAUGUUACUUAUGGAGCAUGUUGUGUUGAUGAUUUUACUGCUAAAGCUCUUGGUGUUGACUUGCUAGUGCAUUAUGGACAUAGUUGUUUAAUACCUGUUGAUCAAACUGAAGGAGUAAAGGUGCUUUAUGUAUUUGUUGAUAUAAAAAUUGAUGCUAUUCAUCUUAUAGAAACUAUUAAGUUAAAUUUCACAAAGGAGCAAAGAUUAUUAUUUGUUAGCACUGUACAAUUUGUAACUACUUUACAAGGAUUAAUAAAUCGCCUUAAACUAGAUGGGUUUAAUGUAAAAGUUCCUCAAGAAAAACCUUUAUCACCUGGUGAAAUACUAGGGUGUACUUCACCUCGAGUUUCAGAUGUUGACUGCUUAAUUUACUUAGGUGAUGGUCGUUUUCAUUUAGAGUCAAUUAUGAUUGCAAAUCCUUCUCUUGAAGCGUAUAGAUAUGACCCAUAUGAAAAAAAAAUGACAAAAGAAUAUUAUGAACAUGAUGUAAUGAUGAGUAAUAGGAAACAUGCUAUUGAAAAAGCUAAGAAUGCUGAAACAAUUGGAUUGAUUUUGGGUACUCUUGGGAGACAAGGAAGUACUAAAGUACUAAAUUAUUUUCAUAACCAAAUGGAAUCACUUUCAAAAAGAAGUGUUACCAUUCUUUUAUCAGAAAUAUUCCCCCUAAAAUUAUCGUAUUUUGGUAAUUCAAUUGAUGCAUGGAUUCAGAUAGCAUGUCCUCGUUUAUCUAUUGACUGGGGUACAGCAUUUGAAAAGCCUUUUUUGACUCCUUAUGAAGGGGCUGUUGCAUUAGGUCAAAUUGAAUUCACUAAUAAAGAGAGUUAUCCUAUGGAUUAUUAUAGUAAUAAUAGCCUAGGUGCUUGGACACCUAAUCAUCGACCUGUUAACAGCUGUUGUGGGAAAGGAUGUGCAAAUGGCCCUAAAAGUGAUGCUGAAAAAUUACUUAGUUGUUCCAAUAGUAAAUAAAUAUAACUUGAUUUUAGCUAAA